AAUACAUUCAACGUGUCAUGAUGCUCAUGCAUGGCUCUCAUUUCUCUGCCACAUCCCUGUCUCUUUCCCUAUCAAUUUUCCUAUGCUUUUCUCCAGUGGUUCAAUCGCCACAACCUCUUUUCUUACUCCCACUCCUACUCUUCGCCUAAAAAAGGAACUUUUUUGGUCUGUGAAGAAAAAUGGAUCUCGGGGGUUUGGUUUCUGGGUUGGUCUCAUCUUCAGUUUAUCUAGUGACCAGACCUUUCUUUUUCUGCAUAUCUGCAUGUGUGUUCUGUGUUAGAACAGCUCUUGUUACAACCUUUGUGUCUACUGAUAUGGUGAGCUCUGCUAUUUGGUUCAACUUAAGUAUGUUCUGGAGAGCUGUCUGGGGCACAAUCUGGGGAACUGUUCUCCUCUUUACCUUUCCGAUUCGCUUCUUGGCUUCUAUACCAAGGGAAAGACUGCUUGAGCAGUGUAUUUAUGACUUGCGGUAUGAGGUGGAGAGUCUUGAAUGGAAUAGAAAAGAAAUAGAAGAGAAUCUUCGGGCAGCAAUAAAAGAAUAUCGAAUCAUGGAACAAGAGUUAGAUGAACUAGAAGAUGAACAUGAUGAAGCCAUUUCCAAAAUCGAAAAGCUAGAGGCAGAGUUGCAAGAACUAAAGGAGGAGAAUCUUCAACUGAAGGAAGUUUGCAGAAAAGACUCUUGGAGCAUGAAAGGUAAAGUUAAAGCCGAGGAAGAACCGAGUGAAAUCUACAGCAUACCAAGGCCAGAUAAUAUCUCUUAUGUGUCAAAGGUAAAAGCCGAGUCUUCAUCGGUUAAGUCGCCUCUUUACCCGUUUGCAAGUUCGACAAUCCCGAAAGACGAAGAACUAACACCGAGAGUUCUUGGUUUCGAGAGAGACAUUGCGGUUUCAAGAAGCGUUUUCAGUGCGAUGCUCGCUCUCGUGGUGGGCAUAGUAAUGUAUGGAGCUAAAGAAAAAGAGCUGUGUACUCCACUCAUAGGAGCACUCUUCACUGUGGUUGGUAUCUCGUUGAGAAGUGUGGUUCAGUUUUUCUCAACGGUCAAGAACAAACCGGCUUUAGAUGCUGUUGCACUUAUGAGCCUCAACUGGUUUAUCGUCGGUACUCUUACUUACCCAACUCUUCCGAGGCUUGCUCGAGUAGUGGUCCCACGAGUCUUUAGCACUGCUGGUUCGGUCUUGACUUUGCUCGGUGGUGGCUCGGUCCCCUCGCCGCCAGAGUUCGUGAACUAUGUUGGUUAAGUUCUUGCAUCUUUUAUACUUUGAAUCUCUCUUACUUUUUUAGUGCUUUCGCUUUGUGAAUGUAGGUAUUCCAGUCUAGCCAAACCGGAUCUGAUGUAUUUCGUAAUAAAUAAUACUGUAUAUACUAGAAGAUUAGUUUAAAAGCUAAAAAAUAGAAAAUAACAUUCGCUUAUUUAAAAAAAAGUUUAAAACAUUGAAAUAAAAC